AUGGCACCUAACCUCACGAACACGCUUCUGCUCAUUACGUUCCUCGUCGUCUUGCUCCCUGUAGAGACCUAUGCUUUCGGAGCUGGAGAUAUUCCGGACUUUGCUUAUCUUAACGAUAAAGCGUUCCGACAUGGAGAUAUUGAAAAUAUUUUGGAAACUUUGGCGAAAUCGGCUGGUGGAGCCGCCGUUGGCUCAGGACUUUUUGGAAAGUUUGCGUCCUCUUUGAUCGACCGCGUAAAGGGUGGAUCGAACUUCAGCAAAAGCGAUAUCAAGAAAGUGUAUUUUGGAAAUUGGCUUAGAGAUUAUUCUCAGGCUAACUUGAUCUUGAAGGCUAUGGACAUCGCUGGACUUAGCAAACUGACGGCUGAUACCCUUGUUCUUGUCGUCUCUGUUCUCGGCUUCAUGACCUUCGGCUUCGCUUCCGAGGAGUAUGAAGUUACCGCAGAUCGGCUCGGGGUAUACCUUCCUGUGGAACAUAUAGAUAAUCCCAAAGGAUACGCUGAAGCUGAAGGAGAUGCUCGACAGUUCCACCCAAAACUUCGUCCUCCUGUCGAUCCUCGCGAGCUGGAAAUUGAUGAGAAUACGGGAAUGAAGAAAUAUAUUGCUACAGAAAAUCAGGGAUGGGACACAUCAACCGCGUUUAUUCGACGAACUCUGGAGGCAUGCAUUGAGUACGGAAGGCGCUCAGGGGGAGAGGAAGGUCCCGACUUGUGGGAGGCGUAUCGUCUCCUCGGCACAGGUCUUCAUACAUUGGAAGAUUUACUCGCUCAUAGUAAUUGGUGUGAGCUUGCCCUGCGUAAGAUGGGACACAGUAAUAUUUUCUGCCAUGUUGGAGACAAUGUCAUCAUCGAAACACCCAAUGGACCAGCCCCUCCUCUUGUAACUGGGACCUUUGGGAGUGCUGAUUUCUUGCAUUCUCUGUUGGGAGAGGCUGGAGACAAAUUGAGCCAGGCCAGCGUCACAGACCUUUCCGCAAAGAUAAACAACAGUUCGCAAGAAGAUAUUGGGCCUAAAAUCGAGACCAUCAAAAAGAUCAUCGGUAUGUUUGGAGGUGGCGAGGACGAUAAGAUCAACCAGGGAGAAGAGAUCAAACAGCAAGCCAAGGCAUACGACUUUGAUCCCGAUAACAUCGCCCCUCCUGAAGUUCAGAAGCAACUUCUGGACCUUCUUAAAUGGCAUGAUGACAUUAUGAGAGAUAUAACCAAAAAGAUUGAAAUGGUUCCUGGCCUUUCCAAUAUGUUGGAGGAGUUGUCCAAUGCGAUGAAUGAAUAUGUGUAUACCGUUCUCGCUCCAUAUAUUGGCCCUAUUUUGAGCCAGGCAACGUCUGUUCUCGACGAAGGCAGCAAAGCCGUGAUUGAUAAUGAGGACCAAUACGAGGUCUUUGAUAAUCCCGACGCUCAUGACCCUUCUCACAGCUUGCUCUCAAAGGAUCAUUUUGGGUUGAUCCUUAACGAACCUGCUGGAAAGAUCGCUCAGAUUGUUGUAGAAAAUAGCGUCAACUUGAUUGUUCAGGCAUGGAGCAAUGAUGAAAAUCCCAACCGGACUAUCGACAAAAUUCUCGAAGCCUUCCACCACCCCUACUAUGCAACUGGUCGAUCCGAGAUCCAGAACAGAAUGUUCGAUCAUAUGGAAAGAUGGAUUGGUGAGCUUGGUGACGACGCAGAUAUAAUUCUAGACUCUUUAACCAAGGAGAGCGUUCGUGAUCACAAGAACAAACGACCAGGAUUGAAUGACACAGAGGAAGCUGGCUACGGCGGGUGUGGCCACGGAAGUGCGCCCAGUCGAAGGCCUUCUUACCAGGUUUCCGAAGAGAGUGAAACGCAGGAGUAUUCCAGCCGGGACUAUGGGUCAAGAUCCUACGGCGAACCAACCUACGGUGGCGGAAAUUAUGAGAGGCCUGACUACGGUGAUGCCUCGGAGUACCAGGAAGGUGGAGGUUACCAGUCGCAAUACAGGGUUGAUCAUUUCUUAGAGGGAUAUGCACCAAGUUACGAUGCCCCUCCUUCGGGGUACGAGUCAGGCUAUGGAGGCGACGAUACAUUCGGAGCAGAGAACCUGAAUAUUAGCGAAGACCGAUAUCGUCGCUCGGAUGAUGAUAAUGGAGAAUACUAUGAGUAA